GCCGUGCUCCCCCGAGAGACAGAGGGGGGAAACAGAGCCGCGCUCCUGCCUCGCGACCGCGCCGGCCGCCGCCGCCGCCCCCUUUACGCUGCUAGGUUUCCUCCUACUCCUCCUUGUCUCCUUUCUUCUCGGCCUCCUGGUCCGGUGACGGCGGGCGAGCGUGGCGGUCCGCGAAAACGAGCACCUGGGCAGCGGCGAGUCUCGUUCCAUGGCGGGGCACUUGCUGGUGGCGGUGACGGGGAGGAGGAGAAGAUGGUGGGAGGCGCCAUUGUUUGCGGCGGAGCAGCGCGCGACGCUGGUUAACGUGAAGCUGAAGUUGGUCAAGGAUCCGGCGCUCGACGGGGCGUUGUCGCGGCAGCGCCACCUCCGCGCUGCCCACCACCUGCUCGACCUCGCGUCCUCGCGGCCCGGCCACCGCAUCUCGUGCCCCGAGCUCCUCGCCGACAAGUCCGUCCACAGGAUGUUUGGCUCCGCGGCCGCUGCGCUCGCCUUCCUCCGCAGAUACCACACCCUGUUCGCGCUCUCCCGCCGCGGUGGAGGCGGCGUGUCCCUCACGGACGCAGCGCUCGGCCUCCGGUGCCGGGAACUGGACUGCCUGGACGCCUCGGGGCCCGACCUGCUCGCUCGCCUUCGCCGCCUCCUCAUGCUCACCCUGCCGCGGUCGCUCCCGCUCCACACUGUCGACCUUCUCCGCUGGGACUUGGGCCUGCCCCGCGACUACCGCGCAUCAAUCCUCGGUCGCCACCCUGACCACUUCGCCCUUAGGCAGCCCGAGGGUGACGAGCGCAUCUGGCUCCACCUCCUCUCCUGGGAUGACCGUCUGGCUGUCUCGGAACUCGAGAAGGCUGCGGCGGGCGGCGACACCACCUGCCUCCCAUUUCCGGUGAGCUUCACGAGGGGGUUUGGCCUGAGGAGCAAGUCUAUGGACUGGCUGAAGGAGUGGCAGACGCUUCCAUACACUAACCCGUACGCCGACGCCUCCGGCCUUGACCGUCGCACUGAUGUGUCAGAGAAGCGGAAUGUCGGAGUGUUCCAUGAGCUGCUGCACCUCACAUUGGCAAGGAGGACAGAGCGCCACAACGUGAGCAACAUGAGGAUGCUUCUUGGCAUGCCACAGAAGUUUACCAAGGUAUUUGAGCGUCACCCGGGCAUUUUUUACCUUUCAAGGAUACAUGGCACACAGACAGUUGUACUCAGAGAAGCUUACGGUGGCACGAGCCAGCUGCUUGAGAAGCAUGCACAUCCACUUGUUGCUAUCAGGGAGGAGUAUGCCACCAUGAUGAGGGCUGCAUUGCCACCAAGGAAAAGCAGAGAAAGCUGCAACUAUUGUGGUGAACUGGACGAGGAAAGUGAGGGAGAAGAAGGAACUGAACUCUCUUAAUGAAUGUCUUGUUGGCUCAAUUAAUUCUUAGUGCACCUGAAUGAAGCAAAGCUAGUGACUUGAGAGAAUGGAUGCUCUCUGAUGGUUCAGAGCUACAAAUGCAUUGGAGAUUGAAAAAUGGAAUAUACUCCCUCUGUUCCAAAAUAAUUGAAGUUAUAGUUCAGUACAUCUGGUCAACUGGUCAUAUUGCACUGCGAGGCAAUGCUAUGAUGGCCACAGGCAUAUCCAUUGUUCUUCCGUUUAUCACAAUGGAAUUCAGAAGGAACCUUUUGGAGCAUUUCAGCUGGUGAAGAGCUGGAGGAUCUCUAAAGGAAUGAAGAACGACUGGUCACAGCAGCGGGAACAGGGACAUCUGCCAGUUUAUCUGUGGUCGUUCAUCACCGAAGACGAGAUAAUACAGUAGCCUAACCACACUUUCGAAGAGCUUAGCUCUUUCUUGAUGCAUGUUAUUAACAAUUGCGGGCUGCAAUGCUUCAUGUAAUUAAGGCUUGUUUGUGGUUAGAUGUCAGGCAGUGCUAAGAUGUUCACCAAUUCACCAUUUCCUCAAAGCUUCUGCCCAAAACUGUUUCGUUUUAAUGCAUGUUCCUGAAUGACUGUAA